GUCUGAGAGCAGGACGCACGUUCACGCUGUCUGGACUAGAACUUAAAGCGGGACUCUUUCGCCCCCUUUUUUUAUUUCAGUGCAGGGGGGCAGGAUUUUAAAUAAGCCCUUUCUAUUGUUUCAGCUCUCUUUGAUGUCUUUUUUUUAAGGAUCACACAGUCUGACAGAAAAGUUGGGACAGAUUUAGAAAGCGCGGAAGAAAAAAAAGGAUCCAGAGAGACGGAGAGAGCUUUGCCCUGAAGCUUUCUGGGGAAGAAAGAGGAGACAGAUAAAGAGUCAGAAAUAAUCUGAGAAACAGACAGAGGGGAAGGGAAGCGCACAGCUGUUGUGCGAAAACGAGAAAAAAAAAUACAGAUAAAGAAAGCGAGGAGGUGCACAAGUGUGAAGGGCGAGGGAAGGAGACUGACAAGGACGGCCAAGGCUGGAGAGAAAAAAGCGAGAUAAAUGCGAGAAUAAGCAAACAAAAAAAAAAAAAAAGAAAGAAAAGAAAAGAAAAAAGAGACAAAGACUGAGGAGUAAGUCCAGCCCAAGGCCAAGAAAGAUAUAAAGAGAAGACAAAGUGAAGACAAAACUGAAGCAAAGAGCGAUUUAAAGACACCUGACAUCACGGUCAACAGCGAGAAUGGAAGCGCAGCGAGACGAGAGGAGAGGCUAGAGAGAGAGAGAGAGAGGGAAGGAGCUGUGUUUGACACGAGGAAGAGGAGUAGAUUUCCUCAUCAUGAUUUAUUCACUUGAUUUCCCACAUUUAACCAACCUGUGCCAGAAGAGCAACUUCGUCCCAGGAUAGAAUGAAGAGAGGAGCAAAGAGAUAUCUAUAAAAUCUGUGAAACCUCUUCCUUCUCCUCCACCUUCCUCUCCUCCUUCCUGGCUUUCUCUUUACAUCAAGCUUUAAAUCCGACAACUUCCUCUUCUUCUGUCCAGACGUCUCCUCUCCUUUCCCCCUCUCUCUAUUUCCUCACUAUGUGGAUGCCAGCUGUGCUCCUAUGGAUGCUUAAUAUCAGCUAUUUGUGCUCAGGACAAGACUACACAGACUAUUACCCAUCUGGAGACAUGGGCACACAGGCUCCGGUGCAGUCAAAUGACCUGCUCAGUUUGGAGACAAUAACAAAUGUGGAUCAGCUGCUCCAGCUUCUAUACCCUGAAUACAGUGUGAUUCAGCAGUGCCUGAGGAAGAGGUCAUGGCACGGCUCUUCCUCCCCCUCUUCUCCGUCUUUAUCCACAUCUUUAGUGAGCCCUUUACUCAACGCUAAUGAUCAGGACAUGUGGGUUCCAAAGAGGGAGGAGGCUCUCUACAAAGUCGAUGACACUCUGCGAGUCAUCUUAGAGGAGAUCCAGCGAACCUCAUGCCAGCCCAGAGAGGUGUGCAUCGAGGUUGUUAAAGAAUACCCAGAAUCCACCAGUCAAUUCUACCUCCCUCACUGUGUGGCGCUGCAUCGUUGCGGCGGAUGCUGCAACAACGAAGCUUUUUACUGCACGAAUACAAGUUACACUCUCGUGAACAAGACGCUGAUGGAACUGUCCCAGUCUAGGAUGGAUCGCACUGUUGUCAUGGUAACCUUCAUCAACCACACUUCCUGCGAAUGCCUCCAGAAGCGGCCGCUCCGCUCCAUCAUCAGACGAGCAGCAACAGAUCACCUGUGUUCUCCUCCUGAACUCCCCUGUGCCUCAGGCUCCUUAUGGGAUCCAGUAAACUGUGUGUGCAUCUCUGCAGACACGAUAAACUACCCUGAGAGAGAGGCAGAAGUGCUGGACUCAGGCCUGCUGGCUCUCUGUGGGCCCAAUAGAGUUUUGGAUGAGUCCACGUGCGAGUGCAUCUGUCAAAACGGCCUCACUGAAGCCAGCUGUGAUCCAGGCUGGAAACUGGACCACAAUACCUGUGAAUGCCAGUGCGAAGGUCAGGGCGAGGGGAAGUCGUGUCCCGCCGGCCAGAGGUGGAACGAUGAGCUGUGCGGCUGUGUGUGCGCUGCGGAGUGUCCCAGGAACCAGCCCCUGAACCCGGAUACCUGCCUGUGUCAGUGCAGAGAGAGUCAUCAGUCGUGCAUGCGGCAGGGAAAGAAGUUCAACCCAAAUACAUGCAGUUGUUACAGGCUGCCUUGCAGAAACCCCAGACGUGUGUGCCAGGCUGGAUUUUACUACAGCCGCCCAGUGUGUCAGUGCAUCCCCAACUACCUGAGGCCUGAGUGGAAUUAACGAACCAAAGGCAGGCACGGGAACAGGACUGCACACCCUGCCAUUUAUUUGGACUGUUUAGUUUGGAAACAAAAAAGUCAAGAAGGUGGGGAUGUCUCUUGUCAAAAGGGCAGGAAGUGGAGCCGCAUAUGUACAUGUGAUGAGUUCCAACAGACUGCAAGCAGCACAGUGUUGCUUCUCUAUCAACAAAAGGAGGAUUAGAGAGCUUCCCUGAUAAAAAAAGACCGAAGUCCCCACCCCUACACAGUAAAAAAAAAAAAAAAAAA